AUGCGGCUGAUGGGCUGCGUUUCUGGCGCUGGCGCGGACGCGGAAGGCCGCGAGGCGCGGAAAGUCAACAAGCAGAUCGAGGAGCAGCUGGCCAAGGACAAGCAGGUCAUGCGCGCCACACACAGGCUUCUCCUUCUUGGCGCCGGUGAGAGUGGCAAAAGCACAAUCGUGAAGCAGAUGCGAAUAUUGCACAUUAACGGUUUCAACGAAGCAGAGAAAAUGGAAAAAAUCAAAGACAUCCGGCGAAAUAUACGUGACUCUAUGCAGGUAAUUCUGCGCGCGAUGGGGACGAUCGAUCCGAGAGUGUUCUUGGACGAUCCGAGCACGCAGGCGAGCAUGGACUACGUGCUGAACUGUGUUAACGAAGUCGAUGGCGAAUUCUCACAGGAAUUUUAUGAUCACGUUGCUAAGUGCUGGGCUGACAAGGGUGUGCAAGCCUGCUAUGAACGAAGCAGCGAGUACCAGCUCAUUGAUUGUGCGAAAUACUUCCUAGACAAAAUUGACGUCGUUCGUCAACCCAACUACGACCCGUCGGAGCAGGAUAUUCUUCGGUGUCGUGUUAUGACAACUGGUAUUUUCGAGACGAAGUUUGAAGUUGACAAAGUCCGUUUUCACAUGUUCGACGUGGGAGGACAACGCGAUGAAAGGCGAAAAUGGAUUCAGUGCUUCAACGAUGUCACAGCCAUCAUUUUUGUUUGUGCAUCGUCAUCUUACAAUUUAGUACUUUGGGAGGACAGCACUCAAAACCGACUACGAGAAUCACUAGCACUGUUCAAAAAUAUAUGGAAUAAUCGCUGGUUAAAAACAAUUUCAGUUAUCUUGUUUCUUAACAAGCAGGAUCUUUUAUCGGAAAAGAUUAAAGCAAAGCGGUAUUUGCUUGAAUCAUAUUUCCCGGAAUUCGCUAAUUACCAACUACCAUCUGAUGCUGUAUUUGAUGCAGCCGACGACAAAGACGUAGUGCGUGCUAAGUAUUUCAUUCGAGGAGAGUUUUUGCGAAUCUCGACGGCUGCUGGAGACGGGCGACAUCACUGCUAUCCACACUUCACGUGUGCUGUUGACACGGAGAAUAUCCGGCGGCCGCUUGCUCGCCGCCGCGUGUCACCGCCGUUCUACACGCAGUCUGUUCCUGAAUCAUAUGCCUCCUGGUACAGUGAUGACGAACUUAUACACUGGCGCUCAUAA